AGGAUCGUCUCCAGAAUCCCAGGUCGUACGUCUCCAAAGCAGCAGCGACCGCCGGUAGCAGCUCAGGACCAUGAGAGGCCACGCAGGUAUAUAACCAAUCACACUGUCAUAUCCCAGGCUCAGAACCAGAGCUAGAUAGAGAUCGGUAGACGGAGAGAGGCUGCACUGCGCCGGAACGGCAGGGAUAUGGCCGCCGGGCCGACGAUGCACAAGCCGAGGGCCAAGAGCCUGUGGCUGCUGGUGCGCCGGAUGCUCUGCCGCGGCAGCAAGCCGCACAGACCAACUGCCGGUGCGUCGGCCGGAGACGGAGGAGACAACUACGGCGGGGAGAAGAGCAGCCUGCUCGGCCGAAGCGGGUCCCUGGAGGAGCUCCUGGGGUCGGACGGCGCCGGCCUCCAUGCCAGCGUGAAGAAAGAUGUGCAGCACGUCCUGCUGCCUGACCACCGGCAACGGCAGCCGGCGGACGUGGCUCGCCCGGAGGCCACGCUGACCGUGUCGUCGUCGGCGCGUGCUGGCGGUGCGGCCAUGCAGCAGUACCGGAGGUUCGUCUUCGGCGGGUUCCGGCGGCGGCUCAUGAUGCGGCGGCAGUGGCGGCCGAUGCUCGUCGCCAUCCCGGAGUGAUCGAUGCACCAGCCAACCGACGGGAAAGCUUCGAUCGGCCGCGUCGUGUGCUCGAAUCCUGCGGACUUCGGCUGCCGUUUGUGCACCAGUGUAUAGCUUUUCGUGUUGUUCCGUUCAUCCCGGCCACUUUGUUCGUUUCUUGCUCCGCGAUCGCCUUGUGGCUGAUGAUUCCGUUAUGGCGUGUUCGUAAUGCUGGUACUCGGUACAUAACUUGACAUUGCUUGUUUGGGAAGCGACUUGAACAAGUCUUUGCUCGAUCGGCGUAUAAGCUUUCCAAAUUAUCCAGCUAGCAAAUUAGA